CUCGUCUUGUAUCGUCUCGUCUCGUCUCGUCUAGUGUAGUGUAGUGUAGUCUAGUCUAGUCUGACCUAAUCAGCCCAUUGCAUCACCGCUGCAGGUUCUGGAUUGCCGCGCAGCGAAGAGCAGACACACACAGCCAGAUAAAUAAACGGCAUUUUCUCGCGAGGAAGGACGCCAUUAUCGGAUCUCUAACAAACAACACGAGAAUUCAUCAUUCACACGCUCUUUUCAAGUAAAGUGCUGCAGGAGCACACUGAUUGGUGGGAUCCCUCGUCCAUACGGGAGGUGCCUUCCCCAGUCUGCUGAUGAUUGGUUAAGUCCUGAGGUGCUUCUCUGGUUGGUGGGUUUCUCGACAGCGCUGUGAAUGAUGUCUGAACAGGACCUGGCGGAGAUGGUACAGAUAGCGGUGGAGGACUUGAAUCAAGACCACCCAGUGGUGUUGGAAAACCAUGAAGAGACUGAAGACAGCGACAAACCGGAGAGAAAACGACAGCGGACAGACAUCAACUGUCAGGAUACGAUCAAGUCCCUUCUGUACUCCAUCAACCAGACGAUCUGCCUGCGGCUGGAUAACAUCGAAGGCAAGCUGCAGGCCCUGGAGGCCACCUACAAGUCCCUAGAGGAGAAGCUGGACAUGGUGAUGAACAAGAACCAGGGCCCCAUCCAGGUACCCAUGGUGGCAGGAUCUCCACUGGGAGCCACACAGACCUGGAACAAAGUGCGAUGCGUGGUUCCACAGACUAACGUCAUUGUAAGCAGUGACCGGCAGAAGGUUUCAGGACAGGAGGAAACGGUCACCAGAGCAACAGAAUCACUGGAGAAUCUUCUUAGCAAUGCUGUUCAGGGACGCAGACAGAACACAAUCCUGGUGAAGGUCCCAGCGGCGGACGAUAGCCACAACGAGGAUGCUGAGAGCGGCUCCGAGGCCAGUGACUCCGUCUCCAACAGCGGCCAGGGAGGGGGGGGUGCCAUGGGGAACAAUGUCACUCUCAUCACCCUCAACUCGGAAGAGGACUACCCUAGCGGCACAUGGCUGGGAGACGAGAGCAACGCAGAGAUGCGGGUUCGCUGCCCCAUCUCGGCCGCGGACAUGCUGCACAUCAGCACGAACUGCCGCACGGCGGAGAAGAUGGCUCUGACUCUCUUGGACUACCUCUUCCACCGAGAGAUCCAGGCCGUCUCCAACCUCUCUGGCCAGGGCAAGCAUGGCAAGAAGCAGUUGGACCCCCUCAUGAUCUACGGCAUUAGAUGUCACCUGUUCUACAAGUUUGGUAUCACAGAGUCGGACUGGUACCGGAUCAAGCAAAGCAUUGACUCCAAGUGUCGGACUGCCUGGCGCAGGAAACAGCGUGGGCAGAGCCUGGCAGUGAAGAGCUUCUCCAGACGCACCCCUGCCGCCUCCUCUUCUUACUCCAGCACAGAUGGACUGCAAAGCACUGAGGUGUCUCCCACGGACGGCCAGCAGACAGUGCACUACACUCUGUCCAAUACACAGCAAGUCCAGAUCCACCGCAUUGGUGAGGACGGGCAGGUGCAGGUGAUUCCCCAGGGUCACUUACACAUCGCCCAGGUACCACAGGGGGAGCAAGUCCAGAUCACACAGGACAGUGAGGGUAACCUGCAGAUACACCAAGUGCAUGUUGGACAAGACGGUCAGGUGCUCCGGGGUGCUCAGCUCAUCGCGGUGGCAUCUACUGAUGCCUCCACGACAGGAGUGGAUGGGUCACCCCUCCAAGCCAGUGAUAUCCAAGUACAGUACGUCCAGUUGGCUCCAGUAACUGACCACUCCGCUGCAGUUCAGGGCACAGAGGCUCUGACUUCAACGCUGCAGUCUGACCUGGAGAUGAAGCACGGGGCGAUUCAGAUCCAGCAGGGGGAGAACGGAGAGGUGCUACAGAUCCAGAUGCCAGGCAGCUGAAGAGAUGUCAGCCACAUCACACCCCAGGGAAAAGUACAUCUGAAACAAAUUUUCAUAAAACAAACAAAAAAACAAAUGUAUGUUGCUUUGGACAAGGUGCUACUGCGAUUUGUCAUUUUUUCACAUCUUUCAAAGACUUCUGUGACCAGCUUCGCUAUUUCACAUAGAAUACAGCAAGUAGGAGAAUAUGUAUAGAUUGUUUAAUAAAAAAAGAAACAAAGACAGCAUUGUUUUGGUGUUUCAGUGAGUAGGUAUGGUAACAAUGUUUGCAAGAGGUUUUUUUUUUUCAACAAUAAAUUUAUUUGUUCUGUAACUUUACCAGAAUCCUUUAUGGUAGCUGCAGAUUGUGAUACUGCUGUUUUUGUAUUGUUUUUGUUUGUUGGGCUAUAUACCUACAGUAUCAUCUAUGAGUGCAAACACUACUGUCUGAUAAUUUUGCUCUGCCUCAGUACAGUACAAGCUGUUGGUGUGGGUUUUAUUUUCAACGAAAGUGGGAACACUCAGCAAUUUCAAUGUCAACAAUACAAUACUUGUCACUUGAAAACACUGUAAACAUUUUUGCUUUUCUGUAAUGGUCUGUAUAACGUGCAGUCCAGGCACAGGACAUAAAUUGAGUUAACAUAUUUUGCAUUGCAGGUGUAUCGAUAGUCUAAAGCAAAAACUGCCAAAGUCAGGGAUGGUGUUUUGAGAAAAAGAGCAAGAAGGUUAUUCUGCUGUUCAGUAAGUCCAGAAUAAUAUUCGUAACUAUACAGGAAAAAUGAAAACACAAUUGGGAAAGAUCCACUCAUUUUUAAAUGAGCUGUACAGUUGGAGUCUUGCUUGUGGAAAGGCAUAACUGGUGUCUAUUCAGUUGAUCUGAAGAGAGGCUGAUCUUAUACCCUAUUGUAAUUUGAUAUUACUGUAGCUUAAUGUGUCACAAAAAACAUGUUUAUUGUGUGUGGACCCCAGUUGCACCCAUUGUAUGAAAAACAAAUAAAACACUUCUAAUCUCAUGAACCACAGUGGUAGUCUUCGCCUUUUGAGGGCUAUAUAAAACUGUUAAUGGGGUCCAGAUCAUUGAUCUCUGAAACAGGUCCCUGAUUUGUGUAACAGGAGACCCCCUAUUGUAAUGAUUGCAGCAGGAAAAACUACACUUUUUACUAUGGGAUGAUUAAAAUACACCUGAGCUUGUCACCUAUAUACGGCAGAUAAUUAAGCUCCAGUAAUGUGGGUUUUAUUUUCAUCUUCCCUGUGCAGUGUUUGCAUUUGCCACCAAUUAGAUCAGUUGGAUAACCUCCAUUAUUUAUUUAGUAUGACUAACUUCAGUAUGCAAAAAAAAAUUGACUUUGGCAAUUUUUGCCUUUGACUGUCUAUAUGGUACUGCUGAGGGGACAUAUUUACCAUGCCUAUAUUCAAUUAAUUUAAAAGAAAAAAGUGCCUUUAUAGGUUCUGCCAUGUUAUUAAAUAAUAUGUAAUUUACAUUGCAAAGGCUGUGUUAAUUAUUUCACACAAAUUAAAAACAGUCUCCAAGCCCACUAACCCAAAACUGUUAUCUUGAG